AUGUGGUCGCCAUUCAGCACCAAGAAUGGCAACGGGGCCUCACCCUCAUUGUCCCAACUGCUCACCCUGUCGACACUCGCCGCUCUCGCCCCCCUGAGUGAGGCACAGUUCCCGCCCUCUCAAACUGUCGGCCUGACGACGGUCACCUCGCCCUCCAAUCCGAACAUCAAGAUCUCGUACAAAGAGCCUAAGGAUGUCUGUACGACUACCUUCAGACGCCAGAAGCAGUACACCGGUUGGGUCACCGUCCCCGGCGAGUACCCAAUCAACCUUUUCUUCUGGUUCGUCGGCGCCCGCGAGCCAACCUCUACUUUGACAAUGAUGCUCAACGGCGGUCCCGGCGCAAGCUCCAUGUUCGGCCUCUUCGCCGAGAACGGCCCCUGCCAGGUCGUCGAAAAGAGCGCCAGCCGCUUGGAGACGGCGGCCAGACAAUGGGGAUGGGACCGAGCCUCCAACAUGUUGUUCGUUGACCAGCCCAACCAAGUCGGGUUCUCCUACGACACUCCCACCAAUGGCUCUCUGGACUUGACGACCGGCAUGUCCUCGCCCAACAUGCAACUGCCUGAUGGGUUUCCUCCCAGCUUGUUCCUCAACGGCACCUUUUCCUCGAGUAACAUCCAAAACACGGCCAACACCACUCAAAAUGCCGCCAUGGCGGUCUACCACCUGCUCCAGGGAUUGGCGAGCGCCUUACCCGAGUACGUCCUGGACAAGAACAGCCCGUUGGGCAUCAACCUCUUUACGGAAAGCUAUGGUGGCCACUACGGGCCUGUCUUCGCCGACGUCUGGGUGAAGGAGAACGACAAGCUCAAGAAGCGCGCCAUGCCUCUCUCGAAGCGCCAGAGCGCCCAGUCCCGCCCCUCCACUUCCACAAAGGGUCGCGAAAUCAAGCUCACCUCCCUCGGCAUCAUGAACGGCUGCAUCGAUGACCUCGUCCAAGGCUCUCGCUACGUCGAGAUGGCCGUCAACAACACGUACGGCAUCAAGCUAAUUGACCAAGCCACCGCCGAUGCCAUCACCGCGGGCUUCAACGCGCCCGAAACCGGCUGCAAAGACCUGAUCCUGUCCUGCCGUCAAGCCCAAGCCGCGCUUGACCCGCUUGACACGGGAGCCGACAACACCGUUAACCAAGUGUGCCUUUACGCCUCGGUGACGUGCCAACAACUCCUUGGCUCCGUGCUCGCUUCGGGCGUCAACGCGUAUGACAUCGCGCACGUCGGCCCGGACGCCUUUCCCAAUUACCAUUACAUCGAGUACCUCAACUCGCGGCGCGUGCAGGAAGCUAUCGGGUCGGUAGUCAACUACACCGACGUGUCGCCCGUGAUCUACCAAGCAUUUUUCCAAACUGGCGAUAGGGCUCGCGGCGGAUUAAUCGCCAAGCUCGCCGGGCUCCUCCAGCGCGGCGUGCGCGUUGGGCUGGUCUACGGCGACAGGGAUUACAUCUGCAACUGGAUGGGCGGCGAAGCCGCUUCUCUCGCCAUCGCAGACGCCAUGAAAGAUCUCGACCCCAAGUCGCCAUACCCGACCAAGUUCGCGGCUGCGGGAUACUCCCCCAUCAACGUCAACGGCCGCGAGGCUGGUGCGGUCAGGCAGUUCGGCAACCUCAGCUUCAGCAGGAUCUACCAGGCGGGCCAUUACGUGCCGGCCUACCAGCCCGAGACUGCCUUCCGAGUGUUUGAGCGCAUUAUCUCUGGUACCGCUGUCAGUAAUGGUGCUGGGGUGAACCUGAAAGAGUAUGCGACGCAGGGGCCUAAGAAGUCCGAGAAGAAGCUUACACCGCCUAAGGAGGUCACGGCUAAGUGUUUCUUGAGGAACCUGGGGUCGACGUGCACGCAGGAACAGCUUGAGGCGAUACUGCAGGGCCAGGGAGUGGUGGUUAAUGGGGUUUGGUAUAGGGAGAUGAAGGAGUGGAAGCUGGUGACUGCUAGGAGCGAGGCGGUGGUCAAGAAGAGCCUGUUCGGUAGGGUUGCAGUGUAG